AUGCCGUUGUGCAAUAACAAAGUAGCGGACGACGGCAGUGGCCCUGGGGUUUCUGCACAGCCGCCCGAAGAUGGCAAAGCCAUGGUGGAUUCCCUCAUCAAGGUGGUGGCAUGCCACAGACAUCUGGCCUCGUGCGUGGGAGGGAGCACGGACAGCGCAAGUUUGCGGCAGGAGCUGCAGAAGACGCGGGAGCGUGCCCAGUCGCUGGCCGUCUCCUGUCGCCACCACCUAACAGCACAGCUGAGGGACAAGGCCCUACCCGAGGAUGAGAGGAAGGAGACGGAGCUUCAAUGGGUGGCGUUCUCCUCCUGCCUGGAGCUCUUCCACGCAGACAUGUCCAAAGUGUUUAAAAUGGGCAGUCACUUCUCUCUGGCAAACAACAGUGCAAUGGUACAAACUGGCAUGCAAGGGGGCACAACAGAAGUGACGGCGCGAGCUCUGAGUCAACCCGAUCUGCAGCCAUCAGCUGACGGAGUGCCGACGGACAGCGUGGAGCGUCUAGAGCUGAGUCAACUGGAGCAAGAAAUCACGCAAGUGGACCGCACGCUGGAAGAAAUGGAGAUGAAAGUGAACGUGCUGCGCUGGACGGUGGAAGCGCGCGGUCCUCAGUACGCUGAUCCAGUUAGUACAGACAGCGCGUCUCUGGCCAUGCUCUCCACAGACGAGGAGGGGGGUGGUCACCGCUGCAGCCGUAGUCAGGUGUUCGUUGCCAUGCUACUGUGCGGAGUGGCAACGGUCGCUGUGGUGCUUUCCGUGUGUGUUGUGUAUCUCGCGUAA